AUGGAGCAUCACAUCACAACUCACGAUGAGAACGGCAAGGCCGUAUUCACCAGCAAGUCCUUGAGUGCGCAAAAAAAGCUGGAAAUACCAAUUGGCGACAUCAGCAUCAUCUCAUCCACCCACAGCUUCCCUUUGAACCUGUCGGGCAAAGCCGAUAUAGAUCAAUACCAGCACGACCGUACCAGCCCCUUCUUCGCUGGAACCCGUCGCAUUUGCCCCGACGGGGGCACUGCAACGUGCAUCAUGUCUAUGAAGCCCGGGGCUGACAGUGCACUGCACCGAACCAUGACGCUAGAUACCUUGGUCAUCAUCGAAGGAGAGCUUGAAAUCACACUCGACUCGGGAGAAACCCAGACUCUCAAGGCUGGAGAUAGCCUUGUGCAGAGGGCAACCAUGCACAAGUGGAAAAAUGUCACCCCUAACAACGGCUGGGCGAGAUGGGUGGUUUUCAUACAGGCUGUUGCAGAACCAGUAAGGGUCGGAAACCAUGUCCUUGGCCACGAAUGGGCACACUAG